CUUACUAGAUUAGAAGCUUUAACAAAACUAGAUUUAACACUUAAAGAAGUAUUACUGAGAGAAGCUUUAUACAGAAAAGAAUCUGAAAAGAGGCUAAAACUUAGAAAAAUAUAUCUCAGAGAGUUCACAAAUAGAAAGUAG